CCAUCACAACAAAGCUCCCAUCUUUAAAAAUUCGUAUUUCCUUUGUUUACAAUUGCUAUCACAUACUCAGCCAUGACAUAACAGUGCGAUUCCGUGUCAUAAAGCCUUUCGACAUCACGUUUUUAUGUGAUGUUGACCUCUGCGACAUCGCCUAGGCCUCAAAGGGCACGCCCGGCGGGCAAAACGGGGCGACGCUUCCGCCCCGGCGCGCCGAGGCUAAAAUGGAGACGGACAAGUUCUCCAUCAAGGCGGAGGUCAUCCACCCCAUCGUCCUGAAAUACUUUGACCGCAUCACCCCGGCGCAGUGGAGCAUGCUGGCGGCGGGGACGGUGGAUUCCGACACGCAGCUGAUCCUGGCCGACAUGUGCACGGAGAUCACCCAGAAGCUGUGCGCCGACACCAUCCGGGUGAUCAUCCCGGAGUUCAAAGAGCGCAUCCGGAGCGCGGUGGGCAAAAAAAUGAAGCUGAACGUGGAAGGCGGGCUGAACGGCGCCUUCGCUUCGGCGCUCAGCGUCCCGGAGCAGCGCAGCGAAAGCUCGCAGAAGUUGGACUCGCUGUUCAAGAAGGAGGUCUCGCAGAGGGUCCGCGACACCUUGAGCACGGCCACCGACGCCGACAGUCGCCUGGCGCCGCUCAUUUACGUCCCGGGGACGUUCACCAAGAUCGACGUCCUGGCUAAGAUGGUCAUGCUGGCUUGCGGUUCUCUGAAGGUCUACCUCAGCAAGAUGGCCUUCUAUACCAAGUGCUUCAGAAGGUGCCGGAAGAAGGACGCUCGCAAGACUCCCGCCUCCUCGGCCACCACCGCCGCCGCCGCCGCCAAAUCGGCGGGAGCGUGCGUCUUCGACAGGGAGGAGACCACGGAGGCCGUGAUGAAUAUUCUGCGAAAGUGGACCGAGGGAGAGGAUGAGUCCAUGGCGCUCAGGGCGAAUUGCGACCUCCGUCAGAAAGCGGCGGAAAUCGUGGAGACCAUCAUCGAGGACCUGCACUACCCCGAAACGUCCGACGAGGACUCUCCCGCCCCUCUUUUCGACCUGGGCCUUAUCAAGGAUCAGCUGUGCGAUUUCUUCGAAUCCUGCGUCUCUCCUUCGAGCGGCGACGAAUCCUCGCGCAAACGUCACUUCCUCAACUUCUGCGAGAAGAAGUUCGAGGAGCUGGUGAGCGACCUGCAAAAAGUCCGCUGUCGCUGCAUGCGCACGCGGGAAGAGACGUCCCGUCGCGGAGAGGAUGAAGAAGACAACCUCCUGGACUUCCAGGGGAUCCGCUCGAGUUUGGAGGAAGUCUACGAGAAGGUGUCUCCGCCGUCCGGGGAGUCGGGCCCGGACGAGCUCCGGAUGGAGGCGGAUAAGUUCUCGCGGGAGCUGGCGGGGAAGAUCUACGACUUCAUGACGGACAAUCGGACCGCCGUGCCGUCGGACGCGGUUUGGAGGAGAUACUCGGAGCCGCUCAUCCUGGAGGUGGACCAGGAGAAGGCGGAGAACAUCGAAGUUCUGCAUAAGAUCGUGGAGGACACCUCCACCAAGUUCGUGCAGCAGUUGCUCCUCUGGUUGAAGAUGGAACCGGUCACCAGGGGGAGCCGCGCCGACGAAGUCUACGGUUGCUUGAGCGACAUCGACGCGCUCAUCGCGGGUGGGGGCAGAGAACAGAAGGGAAGAAUCAGCGCUAGCCCCGCCAUCAGGGGGCGGCCCCAACGGGCGUCCGCCUCGCGCCCUCGCACAGGAAGCCAGAAACAGGGACAACAAUUGACCGCGGCAUCCGAGACCACUCCGGAGUCCGAGACCACUCCGGAAUCGGAGAGUAGCGCGGAGUCGAAGCCCGCUCCGGAGAUGGACGGCGGCCAGUCCGACACGCCGCCUUCUGGCGCCGUACGCGAGGCCUGGCCUUCGCCGCUCCGCUCAUCUUCCAAGCCCGCAUCCAAGAAGAGAGGUUCAUGGCGGACCUCGGUGAAGGAACCCACGGUGGACGUGACCACCUACCGGUCUCCCUCCGUCCUGGAGGAGAUGGUGACGUCGCUGAUGGCGGUGCUGGUGGCGCGUCUCCUCACGCGUCUCCAGAAUCUCCACAAGAAGGCGGUCCUCUCCCGCGACACGCUGCCCAUCAUCCGCCGCGUGUCCAACAAGGUCCUGCGGGACCCGCGUCUCUGCGUCAUCACCGAGGUGGACGUCUACACCGUGGACAGGAUCACCGAGGCGGUGAUCGAGGAGCUCCUGCGGGAGUUUGACGACGAGCUGCUGGAGGCCUCGCUGUCCGACGGGCGCGCUUUCGACAGCGUCCUGCUGAGGGAGCUCCACUCCAAUCUCAAAGCUUUGGAAGAGCCGCAAUCCAAGAGUGCGCUUUUCUUCGCCGCCGUGCGCAAGACUUUCUUCUGGACUUUUUGCAUACCCGGUCUGACCAGGAGGACCACCGUGGCGGACGACGAAUACGAUUUAGGCGCCAGCGUCGCGUCUUCGGGGCAGUUUCGGGGCCGCGUCGAGCAACAAAGAUAAACGCCCGACUUAGGCUAGCCUCGGUUUCGUGUCGGAAGCACCGCGUAACCGAACCGUUUCUGGUUCAAGUAACGUAAAAAUAAGUCUUUUAACAAUACUUUUGUCAUAAAAGUAAAAAUAAAAGUUAUUUUCUCAACAGGAAGUGACCCAAAAUUUUGCAAGUGACCCUGAUCCAAUAAGUGACUACCAAAUGACUCAAAAUCAACAGGAAGUUACCCAUAAAUCAACAAGUGACCCCUAACAUGUCCCAAAAUCAACAGGAAGUGACCCAAAAUCAACAGGAAGUUACUUGAAAUAGAACAGAGACCUUUACUGUCACUGCAAACAUCGCAAAAUUAACCCUGAGUGACCACUAAAUGACCCAAAAUCAACAGGAAGUGACCCAAAAUCGACAGGAAGUGACCUAAAAUAGAAUAUCACCCUUUACUGUCACUGUAAACAUCGCAAAAUUAACCCUGAGUGACCACUAAAUGACCCAAAAUCAACAGGAAGUUACUUGAAAUAGAAUAGAGACCUUUACUGUCACUAAACAUCGCAAAAUUAACCCUGAGUGACCACUAAAUGACCCAAAAUCAACAGGAAGUGACCCAAAAUCAACAGGAAGUUACUUGAAAUAGAAUAGAGACCUUUACUGUCACUGUAAACAUCGCAAAAUUAACCCUGAGUGACCACUAAAUGACCCAAAAUCAACAGGAAGUGACCCAAAAUCGACAGGAAGUGACCUGAAAUAGAAUAGCACCCUUUAAUGUCAAUGUAAACAUGGCAAACGUAACAGGAAGCGACCAUCAAGUGCCUCAAAAUCAACAGGAAGUGACCCAAAAUCAACAGAAAGUUACUUGAAAUAGAGACCUUUACUUUCACUGUAAACAUGGCAAAAUUAACCCUGAAUGACCACUAAAUGACCCAAAAUCAACAGGAAGUGACCCAAAAUCAACAGGAAGUGACCUGAAAUAGAAUAGAGACCUUUACUGUCACUGUAAACAUGGCAAAAUUAACCCUUUGUCACCACUAAAUGUCUCAAAAUCAACAGGAAGUUACCUAGAAUCAACAAGUGACCCCUAACAUGUCCCAAAAUCAACAGGAAGUUACCCAAAAUCAACAGGAAGUUACUUGAAAUAGAAUACAACCCUUCACUGUCACUGUAAGCAUGGGAAAAUUAACAGGAAGUGACCACGAAAUGCCUCAAUAUCAACAGGGAGUGACCGAAAAUCAACAGGAAGGGACUUGAAAUAGAAUGGAGACCUUGACUGUCAUGGUAAACCUCGCAAAAUUAACCCUGAGUGACCGCUAAAUGACCCAAAAUCAACAGGAAGUGACCUGAAAUGGAAUAAAACCCUUUAUUGUCACUGUAAACAUGGCAAAAACAACAGGAAGUGACUACCAAAUGGCUCAAAAUCAACAGGAAGUGACCUGAAAUUGAACAAAACCCUUUAUUGUCACUGUUAACAUGGCAAAAAUUUAUAGGAAGUGGCCACGAAAUGCCUCAAUAUCAACAGGAAGUGACCCAAAAUCAACAGGAAGUGACCUGAAACAGAAUACAACCCUUUAUUGUCACUGUUAACAUGACAAAAAAACAUCAAGUGACCCCAGAAAUGCCUCCAAAUCAACAGGAAGUGACCUAAAAUAGUAUAGAAACCCUCAUUGUCACUGUAAACAUGGCAAACUUAACAGGAAGUGAACACCAAAUGUCUCAAAAUCAACAGGAAGUGACCUCUUACGUGUCCGCAAAUCCUCCCACUCAAAAUGGAUUGGACAUCAAUCCAAUGACUUCAUACCUUACAAAAUAAAAGUACAGUAUUUCUCGUUGUAUAAGUCGCGCUAUUUUCGGGUGUGGUUCAUCACGAAAUGUCAUCCAGACACGCGGGUUUAAUGAGCGUGUUCAAAGAGCGUGUGAAAGUCAAUAAGUGGCACCUCCGGUCGGGCCCGCCCGAUUCCUCGAACGGGCGUCGCCCGCCGCUCCGAAUUCCGCUGCGGUUAUAAAAACCAGCUCACGCCCUCCGCCCGUCAUCCGUCAACAACAUGGCAGAUAAACUUCUUCAGGGACUUAACAUGGACAAAGUUCUCCAAAGCGAUAUUGGGCAGAAAGUUUUGGUCGAAGUCGCCAAAGAUAAAAUCGAGGACCUAUUCCAAGGAGGCGAGGAUAAGUCUGAGGGAGAGGACAAAGGCGGCUUCAACAUUGGCUCGUUAAUCGGCGGCAAGAGUGAUGAAGAGAAAGGCGGCUUCAACAUUGGCUCGCUCAUCGGCGGCGCCGGCAAGAGCGAUGGAGGCUUCGACGUCGGCAACCUGGUGUCCGCCGUGACGGGCGGAAACGACGGAGGCAAGGAUGAAAGUGUUGCAGAUCAAGCUAUGGCCGCUGUGAAAAAUUUCUUUUGAAUGACGACUCUCUCCGAGACUUGACGUCCAAUUUGCUAAGACAACUCGCCGUCUACAACUGUCACUUUAUGAAAUAAAUCAUUGGAA